AUGAGCAUUAGUAGUGAGGCAAGCAUGGCCCAAAGCACCAACAAGGACAACACAAGCGACAGUUCGUGGCAGCAUCCCAACACACAAACACCAAAUACCAGCGAGCAAGCGAAGAAACAUGCAUCCGGAAGUGACGGUGUCGAUGUCGAGAGCGACGCGUCUGAAAAGGAACGAGAAAAAAGCGACAUGAUCAAUGGUGCGGUUGCGGAACACAACAAGAGGGUCGACCUUACCAAUGGGAAAGCGAAGGAGCCCAGCUUUUCAAUCAGGGCUCAUGGAAUUUGCGACAUCGCGGACAGCAUCCUUGGCUCUAUGAAAGAAGUCGAAGGGGCCAUGGUUCAGCUUCAUGAAUAUGUCAAGGCUCAGAACCAAGAAAAGAAGCUGCUUUACCAGUGGAGCAGAUUUCAUGGCUAUCGUGUCAUUAAUCGCGCGCUUGCCGACCUUGACGGAAUGGUCGCUAAACUUGAAGAGGUUUGUUUACCUAUGGGGGUUCUAAAGUCCUAUCUCAGCAGGGCCACCCAUAUAUCCCUCACUGUCAGUCAGAUCGCCAUGUUCAGCAUGGGGGUGGUGGGUGAAAAGGUUGCCAGCUGUAUCGACGAGAUCGAGGAAUCUACUCUCAGCGCUGAGGGCAAGAUCCAAGCCCAGAGUGUCAUCACCGAAGAGCUUAAGAAACUCCUCAAGCACUGUGCAAAGGCAACAGAUCGCAUCUAUACAGCUCUGGAUAUGCUUCGAAACUCACUUCACAUCAAUGAGUCUAAUCAGAACGCUGAUAUCUCUGCCAUCAAAGAGCUGAUCGCGGAGAGCGAGGCCCGGUUGAGUAACCGACGCAAGAGCUGGCCGUGGAAUGUUAUUAAAGUCGUGCUUGGCGCAGUGACAAGUGCCACUAUAACUAUCGCGGCGGCGCACUUUUACAGUACCAGCGGCUUCGACCUGGCACAACAGGCCAAUACCAACAGCAUGCACUCUCAGGUUGUUUCUUUCGUCCAGCGUGCGCAAGCGGUAACCAACCUCACAGGAGAGAUCUACUCCAUUAAACUUGAGGAUCUAGAUCGGCGCUAUAAGGAGCUCGAGGGGGCCUCUGAGUCUCACGGUCUCCGAAUCGACAACCUGGUUGAGGCACUGGGUGUUCCCAACGCAGACGGCACCUACUACUCAUCAAUGCCAAAACCUGACUGCCAAGCCCCUAGCGACAUCCCGUGGAUCUCCGCAGAUGCUGACCGCCAAAUUGAACGACUGCGCCGUGAGUUGGAGACUAUGCGAAAAAACAUUCAUCGGAUGGACAUUCGCCUCAUGAAGCGUCUCGAUAAGGUCGACCGAUAUGGCUUGUGA